AAUGGCGAAAUUAGUUUUAAUCUAUUGGUGUAUUGUUGCUCUUUUUCUGCAGAAUAGAAAAUCCAACUCCUUUGCCGAAAAGGUAGAUUAUCGUAAUAAAGCCAGGAAUCCGAGAGCUUUGAUAUUUCCUGUUAACAGUUGUGUUGGAAUAGUAGUAGCUCUUGCUAUUCCAAUUGAAUUACCAAAUAGAAAUGUGUUCUACUCGUACAACUUUGAAGCCAAUUACAUUCCGCCCGCGUUAGCACAGGAUAUCUUUCCUGGUGUACUGAAUAGACUUGAUCUGGUAGAUGAAAUUGGCCGUGAUCUAAAAUGUAGCCCCGAUUCAAAUGGUACUUGUUCGGAUUCGCCUUCGACCCCUACAACCCCAAAGAGGCGUCGAAAAAAGGACUCAAUAAGGAUGCUGGAGAAGCUUAUGUCUCGGAAAUCAUUUUACAAGGGCAUUAUUCAGAAAAUGGAACUUGCUGGUUAUCGUGGCCGAGACUGUUUACUAAGAGCGAUUUGUGAAGUGAGUGAGUUCGCGAUUGGAAGCCAUAAUGGAUUAUUAGGAUCAUUGUUCCAUAUUGUCCUCAGUCCAAGUGCAUCCAGAAAUGAAAAACUUCAUAGUGACUUCUACGAUGCAGAGUUGGAUGGCUUGCGGGAUGCUUGCGAAAAAUACCGGAAGAAAUGUAAAGAGAGCGCCCUAGAUUUAAUUACUAGUAUUUUUUAA